AUGGCUUCUUUAAAUCUACAGCAAAUAGGAGAUUUCUCAUUUUCAGGUGAACCUUUCACGACAAAUCUUUUAGAAUUAACGUUCAACAAUAUACCAGUCAAGACCAUCACAAAAUCUAUGUUUAUGGGAAGCUCUAUAUCGGCAUUGGAAAUAUAUUAUGAUUCUAUGUCAGAUGGUUUGAAUAUAGAACAAGAUGUUUUGGGACAAGCUUCCUCAAAGGUCACAAGCAUAGCUCUGAAAUAUUGCCUAACAAAUGGGGAAGCAUUGAAGAAUUUAACUGGCCGAGGAAGCCUUCUAACAACGCUUCAAAUUCUCGAUUUGAGCUAUAAUUCGAUAUCAAAGCUACCUAAGCAAGCAUUUUUAAAAGCUCCUAGUCUUCAAAUUUUAUAUUUAGUAUCCAGUGGCAUAAAUGAAAUAGAAUUAGGAGCUUUCGAUGGACUGAAUGAAAUUAUUCAACUGUAUAUUAACAAUAAUCAUUUAAAAACUCUAUCUGAUGGUAUGUUCAAUGACUUGAUAGGGCUUAGAUCGAUGUUUAUAUCUGGAAAUCCAUGGAAUUGUAAUUGUGAUUUACAAUGGCUUAAGGAGUAUUUAAGCAUAAUGCCAGCGAUUGAUUACAAGAGGUGCGACACUGAUUCGGGUUGGGUUAGUUUCGAUGAAGUAGAUUUUUGUCCUUCAAAAAUGUCUACUACUUCAACUAGUAGUAUAACCUCAACUACGACUACUAGCACAGAAGUAACCACUAGUACAGAAACCUCCUUAUCAUCAGCUUCAACACAAACAUCUAAGAACGAUGACAGUUUUUUGUAUGAAAGAAUUUGGUGCAGGAAUCUCCUAAUGUAUUCUCCAGAAAUCAGUGAUUCUACAAAAAAUGUUAUAUGGUAUGAAUCCUUGUUCAAACGCCGUAAUAUCAUAUAUACUUUUUCUGAAUUAGAAGCAACUGCCACGUAUCUUUUGAAUAUUUCAUCUAUUGUUGAAGAGAAAGAAUAUUUAAUAUGGACUGACGUCAAAAACCGUUCGAACUACGGAUGUGUUUUCAAUAUAAGUCAAAGUAUUUUACUGGAUUUGCAAUAUGAAAAGACCUAUACCAUAUGUUUGGCUUCAAAUGAUACUUUAGAUAAUUAUGCAUUGAUUGCUGAUGAUUGUACUGCCAUUACUACUCCACCCGACUGGAAUCAUAGAGCAUGGUAUCUCAAUUACCAAAAAAUUACUAUAAUUGUCAGUAUAGUAUUAACUCUCAUCAGCACUAUAGGCAUAACGGCAGCUGUAGUCUAUUUUAUAGUGAAGUACAAUCCAGAACUCAUAAAAGGCAAUAAAAGGAUUUUAAUAGUGAAAACAGGAAGCUAUUCACCGAAAAAUGUUCCAGUAAGAUUGUCAAGCAAAAUAGAUGAUAAAAGGCUAUCACUCUAUACGGACUACGAAGGCUACGUUUCUCCUAGAAUAAAAAACUGGAUUGGUAAUCAGUCAAAUACUAAAUACGAAGAAUUGGGAUCCAAUAUAGAUGGUAUAGAGAUGAAUGCCGAGGAUUCGACUAUUUAUGAGCCACCUCCAGUACCUCCGAACCAUCCUAUGAAAAGAAGAGAUAGCGGACGGCCAUAUUUCCAUAGCAAUAUGUAA